GCCUCGUCUAUGGUAUUUCCCACUCCUCUCACCUCCCCUCUUAUACUUCCCGCCCUCCCUCCCCCAAGCCCAAACUCCACCUCCCCAGUACAUCCUCCUCUUCUGUCCGCCCCAUCAUGGGUCGAUACUCUCCGCUCCCACGCCCGCGCCAACUGCUUCCGCGCCACCCUCGCCACCUACGUCGACAUGACCUCCGCCGGCGUCCCCCCUGACCACUUCGCCUUCCCCGCCGCCCUAAAGGCUGCCGCCGGCGUUCCUGACCCCGCCGCCGGCUGCCAGCUUCAUGCAGCCGUCAUCAAGCACGGCUACCACUCCUCCCCCGUUACCGUCGCCAAUACCCUCGUCACCAUGUACGCUCGGUGCGGUGACCUCCGCAGCGCCCUACAGGUGUUCGAUGGAAUCCCCGACCGAGACCAGGUGUCGUGGAACUCCGUGAUCGCUGCACUUUGCAUGUUCGAGCUGUGGGAGCUCGCGCUUGGAUCCUUCCGGUCCAUGCAGGAGCAAUCCGUACCUCCAAGCUCGUUCACCCUCGUCAGCGUCGCCCUCGCCUGCUCCAAUCUCGACCGGGCCGACGGGAUAAGGCUUGGGAAGGAACUUCACGGGUACGAGUUGCGCAAUGGGUCCUAUUGCAAUGAAAAGAGAUUCGCCUUCAAUGCGCUGGUAGCGAUGUACGCGAAGCUGGGAGGGGUGGAUGACUCAGUUGCCCUGUUCGAGCGGUUCCAGGAUCGCGACAUAGUCACUUGGAAUACCAUUAUUAGCGCUCUCACGCAGAAUGAUCGGUUCUCAGCGGCGAUUUCUGUGCUGCACCAAAUGGUUGUCGCCGGAAUUAAGCCCGAUGGUGUCACAUUAUCGAGCGUUCUGCCCGCUUGCUCGCACAUGGACUUGUUAGACGCUGGCAGGGAGAUCCAUGCAUAUGCCUUUAGGAAUGCUGACCUGUUCAUGAACACGUUCGUGGCCAGUGCUUUGGUCGACCUGUACUGUAACCUCGGCCUGGUGGAGAAGGGCCGUGCGGUGUUCGACAGAAUCUCUGAGCGAAGGCUUGGACUUUGGAACGCCAUGAUUUCUGGCUAUGCGCAGAAUGGGCUGGACGAUGAUUCGUUGAAGCUCUUCAUCGAGAUGGAGGUGGUCGCAGGGUUAAGUCCGAACGAGACCACGAUGGCAAGCGUCCUUCCUGCUUGCGUACGUUCUGAAGCUUUCCGCAGGAAAGAAGAUAUGCACGGCUACGUGUUGAAGAGGGGGAUGGAAGGGGAUAAAUUUGUGCAGAAUGCGCUGAUGGAUAUGUACUCGAGGGUGGGGGAGAUCGACAUCUCUUGUAAGAUCUUUGCUGGAAUGGAGGACAGAGAUGUGGUCUCUUGGAACACCAUGAUCUCCGGCUACAUUGUUUGCGGGUGUUAUUCUGAAGCAUUCAAUCUGGUCAAUGAGAUGCAGAGAAAUGGGGAUUCGACUGCAGUCGAAGUCGUCAAACCAAAUAAUAUCACUCUCAUGACUGUUCUUCCUGCUUGCGGGUCUCUCGCCGCACUUGGAAAGGGGAAGGAGAUCCACGGCUACGCCAUUCGGCACGCACUGGAUUCAGAUGUCGCGGUGGGGAGCGCAUUGGUGGACAUGUACGCGAAAUGUGGUUGCUUAGGCGUGGCAAGAGCGGUGUUCGACAGAAUGCCGAAACGCAACGUGGUCACCUGGAAUGUGCUGAUCAUGGCGUACGGGAUGCAUGGGCAGGGCGAGGAGGCAAUGGAGCUUUUCGAGCUAAUGUUAGCUAAAGGCGAAGUGAAGCCGACUGGGGUUACAUUCAUCGCAGCUCUGGCAGCGUGUAGCCACUCAGGGAUGGUGAGUCGAGGCAUGGAGCUGUUCCACGGGAUGAAGGAGGACUACGGAGUCGAGCCAGACGCAGACCAUUACGCUUGCGUUGUGGACCUGCUCGGUCGAGCUGGGAAACUGGAUGAAGCAUACCUUCUCAUCACCACCAUGGACGCAGCGUCGGACAAGGCAGCGGCGUGGAGCAGCCUAUUAGGUGCUUGUCGAAUUCACAGGCACACCCAACUCGGAGAAAUAGCGGCCAAACAUCUUUUUGAGCUGGAGCCUGAUGAGUCAAGCCACUACGUGCUCCUCUCCAACAUAUAUGCUGCGUCCGGACAAUGGGGCAGGUCGAUGGAGGUCCGGAAGAACAUGAAGUCGAUGGGCGUUCGGAAAGAGCCAGGUUGCAGCUGGAUAGAGGUGGGAGACGACGUCCACCGCUUCACGGUCGGGGAUUCGGCACAUCCACAAAGCACGCAGAUCCACUCGUUCCUCGAAACUUUAUGGACUAGGAUGAAGAAGGAGGGCUACGUUCCUGAUACGUCCUGUGUGCUCCAUGACGUCGAGGAAAAGGAGAAGGAGGUGCUUCUGCGUGGGCACAGCGAGAAGCUGGCCAUAGCAUUUGGCAUACUGAACACUCCCCCCGGCUCGACCAUCAGAGUCGCCAAGAACCUCCGAGUGUGCAACGACUGCCAUGAGGCGACCAAGUUCAUUGCAAGAUUGGUUGGCAGGCAGAUCAUUCUUAGGGACAUGAGGAGGUUUCAUCAUUUUAGAGAUGGAUCGUGUUCUUGUGGAGAUUAUUGGUAGCAUUUGUUGCUGCAAGGAGAAUGCUGCAAACUUUGCUAAAACAUCAGGAGGUGGUGAUCUGUAACUUAUAACAAGCGUCUUCUCCCAUCGAAGACACGUAAAUAGCAUGUAUUAUUGAAACUAAGUAUGAUACCAGCCUGCGAUGGAUACAGAUUACAAUCUGCUCAUUUUUAGAGGGAAAUCUAGUUUGACCUGUCACAACUAGAGGUCGAUUAUUACAAACAAAAUUUGUCAAAGAUAAUCCAAUUGCUGGUCCGGCAUGGUCUCAGCACA